AUGCAACGCUUUUUCAAAUUGGAGACGUAUGUUGGGAAGCUGAUUAUGAGCUAUCUGAACACCUAUGUCAAAUUACGAGAUGAUCAGGUUGCCAUGUCCAUAUGGGAGGGUGAUGUAAUCCUAAAUGAGCUUGAACUACGUUGCGAAUCAGUGGAGAACUUGUUUCCCAUACCAGUCGGGUUACGUUUAGGUCGCGUCCGUGAACUGCGAAUUCAUGUUCCAUGGACAAAGCUUAACUCGGAAAAUAUUGUGAUCUCCUUGCAUACCGUGGAGUGUGUCCUGACCCUGAAAAAGCCACAAUCAUGUGGACUUACGAAGGCUCCUGUCCUCUCGAGCACCGAGCCGCCAUCAUCCGAAUACAAUCCAGACCAGAAUAUCGCCCCUGGUUAUCUACAAUCCUAUCUUCAUCGCCUUUUGGCGAAUAUACGGAUUGUUGUGUACAACCUAAGUAUCAAGUUCCUUCUGGAUGAUAUCGUGUUGUCAUUGAGCUGUAAUCUGCUGGACUUUUAUCCCACCACACACGAAUGGAAAAUUACAUUUCAGUCAACUCCUUCUGAUAGCAGCACCUUCGUGCGUAGAAAACUUCAAGUCUCAGAUGUCACCAUAUGCUUAGACCACUGUGGGCCCACUGGUUAUGUGGAGACUUACGAACAGCCAUUGGUAUACCGGUUCAGCCUAUCUUGUCUUAUCGAAUUGGUAUAUCCUCCAGGCCUAGAUUUUUUCAAGGCUUCUCUGGCUACAAUAACCACGAUGGAUGUACACGCGCAAACUUUGGAGGUGAGACUGAGCCCUCAUCAGGUGCAUGCUUUAGUCCGUCUUUUGGAAGUGUUUGCUGCUGUACACACUGAGAACGUGGAUUGGUCGAAGUUGGCCCCUGUGAACAUGGGUCACCUGACCGAAGGUGAUGCGGAAAAAACGACAAAGGAUGUUCCUGAAAUUACAGAUAACCCCAGUGAUAUGAGUCCAGCAGACCAAGGAAACCAGCAAUCCUGGGCUUCGUGGAUGUGGUCGUUGGUGCCUAAUAUUUUGCCACCAAAUACGGAAUUAAGCAAUUCAGAUGGUGAUGAUGAUGAUGACAUCCAACAAUCUGGAGGCACGCGUCCAACCUGUGUUGAUCUGAUCCACCUCGUGUAUGAAGAUGCUAAACAGCAUAUGGAUAGCACAUUUGAGACUCUGCAUUUCCCCAACUCCUUCUCAUCAGCUGAUCUACCUGACUUAGUUGAAAGCUCUGUUCCACCUGUCGUAACGAAGCACAGCAGUGCCAGUGACCUUCGGCUUCCGGUUAAUCCAGGGACCAAUGAGCCGAGCAUUUCUUUACGCCGUGUCCGUCAUAGGAUUCGGCAUCUGAGGCGCAAUGAUGAUAACCAACCCUUAUUUGUUGUCGGAGUAUUUACAGAUCAGUUGAUCGUUCGUCUGCUUUUGCCAAACGAUCAAUUGAUGGAUAAGUCACUCGCACGCUUGAAUGCCUCCAGUUCCAAAUUCUCCAGAUGUUUCUCUCAAUCUGGUUUGGAGGUGACAGUCCGCAUUAAGCACUUCUGGGCUCGACGUGAUGCUAGUCUUUCGGUGAAAGUCAUGGUCCAUAACGCUUCUAUUAAGCACUUCUGGGCUCGACGUGAUGCUAGUCUUUCGGUGAAAGUCAUGGUCCAUAACGCUUCUGGCUUAGCACUCCAAGCUACUUCGCUCGGUGCCCAUUUCACUUCCGUUCAACUUGGUGCUAAGCACAUCUCGGCAUUCCCAAUCGGUCCAAGCUGUCCGUGUGGCUACCUGGAUCUGGCAAAAACCUUUGUUCCUGAAGAUCAUGACUCAAAUAGUCCUUCUCCAAAGGCAUCCGUGGAGCACUCGCACCAAACUUUCCUUGAGCUCGGCGAUCCGAUGGAUGCGCAGGCGGAUCCGGUGCACUUGCGUCGUGUGUUUCAUUCUGUUCUUCACUCACCCACGUCUUUCGAUGAGGAUCCUAUGUCUCUACCUCCGUUAUCCGUGGAGACGUAUCUGUCCAGAUUCCACGAUUCCUUCGUGUGUCAAGAAUAUCCGGCUCUCUGGUUCGAUCUAAUCACGUCGAUGGACUCCGAAAACCCCGACAUUCGAUUGAAUCAGCUUCCACGAAUACGUUCGGGACAAACGGAUGGAGUUACUGAGCGAGUCCACCUGAGGGUUCUGUCAAAUCAAUCGUUGGUAUACCUUUCCCCCACUAUUCUCCAUCGAUUCGAAGCAUUUAUCAAAUCGGUGAAACGACAUCCCCGAUACCCAUGCUGUCUAAAAAUGAGCAGUCCAGCCCCAAGUGAAUAUCCACCCCUCAUCAGAUCCCAACUGCCCCAAUUCUUCGAUGGAAUCGCAGUCCAAACUAUUCGCGUGGUGAUUGCCUCUCCUACGGUGUAUUAUUUUGCAGAGCACUGGAACAACAAUUUCACGGAAACACCUCACUUACGGUUUCAAUCAGACAACAUAACAUGGUCUCGGAUCACUCCGCUGUACCCUCUGGAAGUAUUUAAUCACUUGAAACGUUGGCGCUUCUCGGAGACUAUUUUGCGUCGGAUGACUGACUGUUUGAUGACCGAAGCAUCGUGGCCAACGGAAGCUAAACCAUCAGGCGUAAUCUCAAGCAGUGAGCCUGAAAUCUUUAUGCAUGCCUUCAGGAGAGGAUGCAUCCGGUUGAGCACAGUUUUGUUACAUCUCCUGCCAGGCACUGUCUCACCUUCGAAUGAAAUUCCACUACUCUCUUUGUCCAAACUCACCUGGUACUCUUGGACCCUGAACAGUCCGGAACUGUGGUCACAUAGUCCAGAUCUAUCCCAUUUACCGGAAUUCGAAUGGCGAUUGGUUUCCCGUGAUUCCCUAGAAAUCCGUCUACCUGCCGACUGGCUUCUUCACACGGUCUAUUUAGCGACCUCUGUUGCCACCCAGGUGGGAAAUCUUGCCCGUUUCCUCUCAGCAUCCACCGCGCGAGACUGCCCAACUUUCGCUUCUGCCGGAAGAUGUGAGGGCUUUCCAUUUACCAGGAAGUCUUCGGACUCAAUAAAUAAUGUCCAGCUGUGUGCCGAUCUUCCCGGAGUCAUCCGCGCUCGAACCUUUUGGAAUUCCUCAUGUUGCGUAUAUCAACUCAGUGUGCAAACAGACUUGGCUGUCUACUUGCGUUUUUCUGAUUGUGGAAUCAUCGUUCCUAUAGUUCGACGUGACCCCUCCCUACAAUCGAGCCGACCCUGCUUUACGCUCAACGAUGGCCCCUAUCUGCAUCCAGCUGAGGAUGUGCCACUUGUUGGACUCGCUUGUCAGUUUCCCAACGACGCUUUAAAUUUUUCCAGCUUUCCACUAGAUGUAGUCAUCAUCACUGUCAGCUGCAAUAACCGCGUACUUAUCGUACAGUGGUUGUGGCUGCCGAAGUUUCGUUCACCGAUGAUUGGGGGUGUGCAAACAGACUUGGCUGUCUACUUGCGUUUUUCUGAUUGUGGAAUCAUCGUUCCUAUAGUUCGACGUGACCCCUCCCUACAAUCGAGCCGACCCUGCUUUACGCUCAACGAUGGCCCCUAUCUGCAUCCAGCUGAGGAUGUGCCACUUGUUGGACUCGCUUGUCAGUUUCCCAACGACGCUUUAAAUUUUUCCAUGGUUGUGGCUGCCGAAGUUUCGUUCACCGAUGAUUGGGGGCCAUUGAUGUGGCCCGUAUCGGGGUCCCCAUCCAGGAAGACGGCAGUGACCAGCGCAGCUGAGUUUGCUGGUAAUGGCUUUCAUACUUCGCUGCCAAGUCAUUGUUUGACCGCCUCUGGCUCUCUUCCACCCUUCACAUGGUUGGGCGAAAAGAGCCCUUCGAGGAAGUCGGUCGACUGGCAUACGCAGCACGUGGCCAAGCCAGCGCAACCUGUGCAGUGUGAUCAGUUCAUCUAUCGAGGAAUUGCUGAUCCGGUGUUCCCACCAGAUUCGGGCAAUGCUCCGAAGACAUCGAUGCUGAAGUUCUCGUCCUCCUUCUUUUCCACCUCAGUCCCUGCGCUCUUUAGAGUGAGUGUGUGCGGUCUUGAGGGUCAUGUUACUCCUGAACUGGUCAGCUGGUUCUGCUUUGCCUUGAAUAUUUGUGAAUCUGAUGAAUUAUCGCUUCCGGGAAAGAACUCCCGUCCCGUUGAACAUGAAUACGGGUUUCCAUGGGUCACCACCUGUUUAAACCAAGGGUCGUCUAGCUCGGUUUCUGAACCCAUCUCCGCUGCCUCCAGCCUAUUUCUCCCCAUUCCAAAGUCAGUGUUACCAGCCGAGCGGGUCAGUCGUAGCUCCACCUGCGAAUCAUUUUGUUCUUCAAGUCGGCUUAUCACUGACGAAUUUCAGCACACUGUUUUCGGAGAUCCAGCAAGUUGGCUCACGAUCCGACGAUUUUUAAAUGGGACCCAUCAACUGCUCAUGAAGACGAGUAUACAGAUUUCAAUGAUGCCGUCAAAGUUGGUUGUCAGUGCAAAUCCUGUAACACAUCAAGUGCCGGGCAAAAUCCUACACCAAGGUUUUCGUUCAACGUUCUUUGAUCCCGUCUCAACAACGGUUAGCUUAUCUGAGUUAUUGUUGAAUAACUCAAAGCCUGAUGAUCUACCAACACCGACUUAUCCUGACUCAUUUGAUUCUCUGGGUCUUGUGUCAUCCAGUCGAUCCUGGCUCGAUGCUACAUCAGCACUACCUUCCAUCACUCCACCUGGUGUUCCCCCGAAAAAGUGCGGCGCUUGGGUUCUCUGUUUGAGGAAUGUAUGUCUGAAGGUCGAUAAACAACUCCUUUUCUCAGGAACUCUGCUUGUCAAUGUGGAUUUUAAGCUGCGGUUUCCUCAAGGUCAGCUAGUACAUAGCUCCGUCACAGUGGCAUCAUCGUUAGAUGCAUGUGUCCAUGCUCAGCUGAACUGUGAUGAUUUUGGCCCACAUGAUUUGGAGAUGCCUUCCGUGCUGCAUUUAUUCCAACUGGGGACGAGUAUUAAGUUUCUUGUUUUUAGUUGGAAACUUAUGAUCCCAAAGCUGAAACUCUUAUCUGAAUGGUGGUCCAACAAUCGCGUCCAACCAACGUCCAACGCUUCCUGUUUUCGAGAUCUUUCAAUUACGCGGACUGCGCUGUCGUCUGGAUGCGCUCGGCGGCCUUUUGUUUCCUCCUAUCGCGAUGACCAUGUAGCAUACUGGAAAGGUCCACAUGACCCAGUUCCACAUGCACCUCAAACUUCAGUAUCAGGAGUGCGGCAUCUAUGCUUAUCUCCACAACUCAUUGUGACAACAAAUGUGCCCCCUGUCUCACUUCUGUUCCACUUUACUAUACCGACAGCCAUCGGGCGCCUGAAAUUGCCUCCAAGCAGUGGAUGCACCACAACGGUCUACUGGCUUUUAAAUCAGCUCGUAUUGUCCUUGCGUUUACGGCAAGACGAGUUUAUCGUGGAUUUCCAAAUUGGAAGUGCUUGUGCCCAAUUUCGAGGUCAAGACAACGCCUACAUGCCCCUCUUUUCUACGAUGGAGUCAUCACUUCGGCCUUUGGUCGACGGUGAACUACCUACCGGUCUAGACUCUCCCGACGUCCCUUUGAUACCUGAGUCCUCGACAAAAUCUCCACCCAGUCAGUUCGCUGAUUCUGAAUCAGAGGAAAGUGGUUUUGGUACUCGUCACCUAACCUUUCUGACCAAAUCGUCUUUCGGUGCGCAACACUGCUGUUACGAUUCGUUGUCGCAGCUUGCCAGUGGGAAAGAGACCAGCUUAGUUCAUCUGCACUUCUGUCGAUCAUCCUUGCCUCCUUAUCAGCAUCGUCAUGAGUUCUGCACUAGCACUUUGCCCAGCAGUCCUGUUCAGUUCGUGGACACACUAAUAUUAAACGUACAACCCGUUGACUUAGUUCUGUAUACGGACAUGAUAGACGAAAUAGUCCGCUUCUACGCUAAUCUCUAUCCUGGCGCCGAUGCAUCUAUGGAGCCAACUGAUCACUCUCCCGGUGCCGAACCGGAGGAGCCGGCCGCGGCCGUGGAUAUUCACGUACCAACAACCACAUUUCGUUCCUACAUACUAAUCAAGUCUUUCAGAAUUUUUCUACCGCUUUCCAAGGAUCUUACUCCCCAAAUAAGUACCGAAGCUCCUCUGGCAAAUGCAGUUGUGCUAGGAUGUGAAAUGAUUGAAAUUCAGCCCCUGGUUUGCAAUAAGCUUGAACGUCCUUCCGGGAAGCUCGCUUCCAGCCAAUAUCCCCCAUCAUCUCUGGCCGAACACGAAGACCCACAGCAAGUCAUCGUUGUAGCUCGUGGUCUGUGUUGUUGGGCAUCCGAAUUUUACUCUCUUCUCUUGCCCGACACUUUUGGUCACCAAAAACACGUCUUAGCUGAACAGCAGAAUCCCGCUCAGUAUUGGAACCAAGGCAUUCUUCGUACUAGAACUGUACGCCCUCUCCGGCCGCAGCUUCUCCGCUUGUCCGGCCUUUCACUCUCACAGCCUCGUUCGCCCCGGCGUCGCGUCACACGAAUAAUACUGAACUGUACGCCCUCUCCGGCCGCAGCUUCUCCGCUUGUCCGGCCUUUCACUCUCACAGCCUCGUUCGCCCCGGCGUCGCGUCACACGAAUAAUACUGUGAGAACAUAUGGCAGUGCUACUGAAGUGGCCAUCCCCGAUAACCUUGUCAUCUUCGCUGAUUUUACGGUACUCGAAGCCUUGUUGGCCAAUACUCAAUCAAGGAAACAGUCGGAACCUUCUGGUCCCAUUCAGGAAACGAAGGACGACUGGGUUUGCUCACCGCAGGUCACCAUUCCGAACGAUUCUAUUGACACCGCACUCAGCCGUUUUCUAUUCACUCUGCGGCACUUUCGGCUCAUCGUGUGGAGGAGCGACUCGGUUAGGAAGUGCACAGCCCAGCUGGUUUGCGACGCGGACCAUACUCAUAUGGCCGUCCAUUUUAAGUCGACCUACAUGCUGGACCAACUUAACUUUGGUGUUCAUGACGUACAGGUUGAUGCGCGUACAGUCACUUCAGAAUGUCUGGCUUCAGGAGACUACUGUCCCACCUGGGUCCGAUGCCAUCCACUGCGAUUCAACGGCGGUUCGUACCAACAUCGGGACACUUUGGUUCUUCCACCAUACAUCAUGCUGGGUGCAUGGCCUUCGUCUUUGUCGAGCACUCCAUCAAGUGACCUCUUGCUGCGCACUCAACCCUGUGAACCCGACCCUAGAACUGGCAUUUUCAGCCCGUUGGUUUCUGCGCGCAUUGAGCGGCCAAAGAAGGCUUUCACGAAAGACCUAUCCCAAGACGGAACAACGGAUCAGCGAUUUGGUGUAUCCGUUAUAUUUGGACGGAUUGUUUGCUUCACCAUCAAACCGGAAAUUCUGGUUACUUUUACCUGUUUAUUUGAUAUUCGAGACACAAACCAACCUGGUGAUUCUGCAACCAGAUCAAGUCAGCAUCAUAUGCCAGAUGCUAUCCAUUACGCCACUACUUGGAUCAGCCAGCUAUCUGUAGACACUGAUGUUCUCAAUAUCCUUCUAGAGAAAACCAACUGCAACCAAGCUGGUAAUAUUGAGUUAAACAUCCGCAAAACCCACCUGAACUCGACUUUCACUCCUUCAGAAGGUUUUUCGGACUGCGCGAGGUGGCGCGUUGAUCUGAAUGGAUUGCACCUCAGUUGCUGUUCCUACAACAGACAACAGUCUCCAUUAGGCCUGUCCGGAUCAUCAGCGUCUCUGGCCUCCGAGUGCGUCAACCAUCACUUGUCCCUACUUUGGCCAGGCACUAACCUACAUUGUGCUGGUGCUGUUCGGGUCGUCUCCUGUAUCCACUUAACACCAUCGCGUCCUUCCCGAUUUAUUCUAGAGACUGAAUGUCUUUUCACUACUGGAACAGGUGUGAACGUGGACAUCCCUAUAUGCGGCCCUGUGUUCUCCAUGAUCACCCAGUUGCUAACGGAUUUCUCUGCCGUUUUUCCGCUUCCUUCGACAUCCAGUCCCUCUCUUUCAAAUAAGGACCUUUUUCCGUUUUGUGAUCAGUGCGCCGGUAUGCAACCAUUUCUCUUUCACGAUGACUUGCGCAGAGGACUACCGGUGCAAGCUUCCUCUGACGACAGAAAUCUUAAGUCUUCAAAUCCCGUCCAGCUUGGUCCGCUUCAUCCUUGUUGGCCUUGGGUGGUGAACUCAGUCGAUCUAGAUCAAUCUCCACUCUGCCCUCACCCAUGGCCCUUGGCUGGUGAGGUUGUCUUUUGUGACAACAUGCAGCGCCAAUAUCAUUUCGACGGGCAUACAUAUCCAAUCGUACUAAAUUGCAACCGUCCCGUAGACCCUCAUUGGGUUGGUGUGACGUGGGCUUACUCCGAUCCAAGAACUCCCGUGCGCGUACGCGUGCUGCCAGCGCCUUUCGAGUUUCUGGAACACCUGGCGAACGUGCCAUAUUCUCAUGGACUCGAGCUACGUUGCCAUUUACAAUACUGGGACUACUCGGUUAUGCCCAAUGGAAAGUUCAAAGACUACGGGACGUUCUUCCUUCGCGACAGUCAGGUGGUGGACUUUUUGUUACUCAACAAACGGAUUGCUGAAGUCAGAAGAGAUGAUUCGGCGGCUUCUGCUUCCGUAACUCAAGAAGAUUCCAAUAUGCGGCAACGAGUUUCUUCUAUCCUUGAUGAAGCCAUUCAAAAGAACCGAACACCUGCAUCCCUUAAAACGGGUGAUUUCACUUUCAAAAGAUCGAAGCUGCGUGCCACGAAUGGCGGCAUCAGAGUGUCGGCUCAUGUUUGGCGAAUAAUGGUCGAUUUGCGAGCUCAGCCUGUGGUCCUCAGAGCACAAGGCAAUGGUCACAGUGCGAGCACCUCCACACCACCGAUUACUGCUGCCUUGGUUUACAUUUCUCCAUUGGUUCUUGCUGGAUGCGUUGAACUGGACUCGGUGCGUCAGGCUCCCACAGUUCCGCAGAUGCCAUCGAUGGGGAUUUUUUAUUCUCCGUACGUGCGAAUUGGCCUGUUUCGGCAAAGCGAAAACUGUCGUCAAGGAUUUUCUGACUGUCUGGAAUUAGCUCGUUUAGAGCUGGAAAACCUCAAGGUGUCUCAUGAACUUACUGGAAGGAACUCCAUUGUUCAGUCAGCAUAUCACUAUGGCUGUAGGUUCACAUCGGGGCACUGCUUGCUCGCCGAUCCCCACUGGGCGAAACUCAAGCCAGCGGCUCACGUGCGCGAAUUCGAUUCCAUCGUCACCCGUAUUUCCGAUACAAACCGGUGCGAUGUCAAACUAAAUUUGUGUGAUAUACAUAUCCUUCUGGGAGUCGACCGUCUCACCUCCCUCAGCUAUCUGACCUCAUUUCUUACACACACUGCGAACACCCUACGUUCCUCGUGUUCCCUGCCAAUCGGUACUCCUCACAUCGGCUUGGGCUGGCGAGUCGCCAACUAUUCUGAUCAAAUAGUCAUUCUUAGGCAAACGGGACUACAAAGUCGCACGUCAGAUCUGCCGGAUCAUCCUCUUUUAGCGAGGGGAAACAGUGGGCUCGACGCACUCCUGCUAUUUGUGAUCUGCCCUGCUGCAACAGAAACUUGGCGUCCAUUACCGCUUCCUGCCUCUGCCGCGCAACCUGUUGCGUCCGGUCGUAUCCGCUUUCACGUUGGAACUCAUUCGGUCCACGCUAACGCGGAAAACGCUGUCUGGUCGGAAGCAGUGGAACUAGCCUGGCCUCCAUGUCGAGCUGAUUCGCAGCAUGGAAGUAAUGGCUAUCUCGUCCUAACUUUGUCCUGGGAGUCGUCUUUCAGCAAGAGACCGCGGUCCUCCUACCCGAAUAUGUUUCUGAUCCUGGAGCAGCCCGAUCCCACUGGUUUUCCUGGCAGGAUUAUCUUUCACUCAGAUAUCGUUUUCCGUAAUCUCAUUCCUGUCGAUAUCCGUGCUCAAUUAUCGUCGGAACCGUUGCCAGUGGACUCCGUCCCAUCCGUACAUCCGAAAGAAAUCCCCCUUGAUCGUGUAGAGCCCGUGAAGACAUUCCAACUCACUCAGGGUCCAUCAGAAAAUUACGUAUGCAGUUCCAGUUCGGCAGCUUGUUCUAGGCUGUCUAAGCUUCUCCAUACUUUCCGCCUUUCCACCUCCCAAAGUGAACAUCGGGUCGACUCUAAAGGCCGGUGGUCCGAACCGAGCGUGUUUUGUCAUAUUCCAUUCCCUUCACGUAACUCUCGGCGUCGUAUCAGUCAACGAAGCCUUGUAGGCAUUCCAAUCGACCGUGAGGAUGGAUCGGACUUGUUCUAUGCCGUGGUUACUGUGGAGUCCCUGGUGAUCAGUCCGUUUGCUCCACUUAUGUGUAUGGUCACAAUAUCACCGUCUUUUAAUAUUGUCAGCUUUCUGCCACAUUCGUUCAACCUUUGCGUCCGACCAGUGUAUCCCUACACUUCGACGGCAGAUAAUACACCGGAACUACUAUCAGAUAUCAAGCCGCCAUGGAUGCACCAGAUCUUGCCCCCAUCCUAUCCGUCUCGUCCACCACAGACUGAGAAAAUUGAGCUGCCGAAGACCGUUUCGUCACCAUUCUUCCUGGGAAAGGCGCCCGCUCUGUUGUUGAAUGCGUACUUGCCCAAUGGAAUCUCGCUUCUUUCGGAACCUAUCCAUCUCUCCCCGGACAACCUGUUGACCAAACUGGCUACAUCUUUUAUCAGUGCUACCGUGCCGACCGGUUCCAUGAUGUUAAACGGCUCCGAAAUAGAGCACCAUUAUCACAAACCUUCGCACCCAGUGGUUUACACGCUUAAUCAUCGCUACCCCUUAUACCGACCCAGGUCCACUCUUUUCGUCGCCUCUGAACUGGAUACCGCUAGUUACACACUACAGAUAAUCUUGCAUCCGAGGCUCAGAUUGUUUAACCAAUCAGGCGCCGAUUUGUGCGUCCGAUUCCUCUCAAACCCUAAGGGACACUCGACAGAAGUUCAUGAAUUUCCCACUGGUUCUGUGAUAUCACCAGGAUCAGACAAGCCCAUAGUCCAGUUUGGCUUUGUUGUCAAGGCGGAAGCCCACUGGUCCAACGUCACAUUCCAACUCUCACCAGUUCUCGUGGAUUCUCCAAUGCUUGACAGUUUGGCGGAAUUUCCGAACAUUCAGACUGACGGUACCGCAGAACGAGUCAAGGCGCAAAACGUUCUGAUUGAAUGCCGUGACACUGACACACUGGAAUGUCCGCGUACCGCAGUGGAAACUGUCGAACAUAGCAAUUCCAUGGUCACUGUGCGUACUGAAAGCGAAGGCGGACGGAUGCGAUUCACGAUUUUUUCCGACCGCAUUCUCUUGUGUCUCCUUGCCAGGUUGAUCAAAGAAAAAGGAUUUAUACUCAUAGUGGAAAGCCAGGUUCGUAUUCAUCAUCGCUGCGCUCCUGACCUGUAUGUCAGACCUAUAGUGCUAUCUGGUGAACGCCAAUCGACUUACGAUGAAGAACUGGUUUUGUCAAACACUUUGGUGAAUCAAACUGGUCUCCGGCCCACCGGCAAUCUUUUCCCCUUGCCUUAUUGGACUCUCUCGUGUUCAAUGACCAACGGACCAGAGAGCGUCAUUCAACAUAAGUUUGCACUUUGGAUUGGUUCUUCAAAAACCAAAGGGGUUUUUUGUGAGAUUCCCAAUGUAUUGCCCGGUGGAACCAAGUCGUCUAAUUCUACGCAACAUAUUGAUCCUCAGAUGCUCUACUUACCUACGACAGGAACUGACAUGGAGAACAGAGAAUAUGAUCUCAUUGUGGUCGUGCAGUCCAUAUCCUGCGACGGUCAAGUUGUCGUCCAGUUGAAUGACUUACCAAACCAGUAUAUGAACAGCCCAGUUGCAGUGCGCCUGGUGAACCAGACGAAUGUAGAUCUAGUGGUCUCAGUGAAUCACACAUCGCAACAUCAUUCGACGAACACCGGCGCCCCCUAUUUUCCUCCAGAACCACUCCUGAAUUUGCCGUCACUCGGAGGAUCCCAAAUAUGGAUACCAAACAACAUACUGAAUGCUCUGUUCUCAACUGAACGGUCUCAGACAGAAGAUAACACUGUUCCUGCUCAAAUUCUACCGAUAUUCGAUAUUUCCACUUUCAGAGACUACACAAUUAGCCUUGGCUGUAAAUCCGACAGCCACUCAUCAGGUUCCCUUGUAUUUAUCCCACUUGCUUCGUUAAUCGAAAGCGAUGCUCACCACACGUGUCUUCUGGCUCAAGUUGGAGGUGGACCAGUAACCGUACAGCUGACAAUUCAAAUCAACUCUCCCUUAGGUCCAUGCCUUUUUAUCUUCCCAAGUGAUCGGCCGCCUUCGAUGCUUCCAGAAAUCAGCUCUUUCGAACUUUCUCUAUGCCUCCGUUUAAAACAACUGCAAGUCAGUCUACUUGUUUUUGAACCUGUGAACUCCAUGAGGCCUUCCGAUCCACGAUAUACACCCACAGUUACUAGUGGAUUUUGCCUUUCCGGCUCACUCGCUCCACCUCAGGACGAAUUCGUUCGCCUUCUACUUCGAAAUUUGAGUAUCGAUUCGUGCUUCUUCUUCUCAGAACACAAGAUAAAUCAAUUAGAUACCGUUUUGUACACCGAACAUAUCCAGUUGGACAACUGGGGUCAAACUUGGACCAGUACUUAUGACUUUCCGACCGUUUUUUGUUCGACCAGUCCUGCUGGCUUUUGUGGACGUUUCCGGACAUCAUCACACACAUUAUCUGCUCCAGUUUGUCACCUAUUCUUUGCUCCACCAGAACUUCAACUGUCUCUAGAAGACUCCUUACUGUAUGAUCUUUACGCACUGAUUUUAUCUUUCACACGAGUUUGGAGUUUGUAUCCUCCCCAACUGUCGAGCAGAGCGAUCACACCACAACCUCCAUUGCGACUGUUUCUACAACAUUUCUAUGUCGAUCGAUGCGAUCUUCGUGUCAGCCUUAGAGUAAUGCUCCGCGUUUACUUGUCCUGUCACGAAGCCCCUUUGAGCGUCGCACCGUUUGAUCUUAAUAAGCAGAGGACAUCCACGUCGGCCGUUGGCGUUGCACUGACAAUCUCAACCUUAGGGCGCCUUCUUGGAGUGCACUAUUUCACCCAAGCUAUGUUCCGUGCUGGUUGGCUUGUUGGUAGUCUGGAUGUACUCGGAAAUAUUAGUGGCUUGUUGCAUUCGCUACUCUGUGGAUUGGAUGCCCUUGUGAAUUUGCGAUCACAAACGGAUCCUCCAUCUUCUGUCGUGUCCACAUCUCAUCGAUUCCUCUCGGACUCGGAAAUCAGUGCGAUGACGGUAAACGGGGACCCACGCACCAAUGUAGAAUAUGUUUUUCUUGACAAUAAUUCUGACGGCACAUGCUCAUCGCCUGAGGAGCUCGAUCUUCAGAGACAAAUAACAAUUCGACGAGCCGCUCUGCUUCGUCGAUUCUCUAAUGGGAUCGUUUCAUUAACCCGGCAUACCACUGGUGGUCUUAUUCGCUCCGUGACCGGUAUGGCUGCGAGUGUGGCGCGCAAUUUGGAUCACCUAUCCCUGGACCAACAACACCAACAGAGACAAGAAGAAAUUCGUCGAAAACAAGUUCCUCGUGGCCUUGGUGAAGGGCUCCAGAGGGGGUUGAGCGGUUUCGGAUUAUGCGUACUAGGUGCAAUUGCCGGUGUGGCGGACCACCCACUUCAAGCCUUAUUUAAGGCAGUUGACAACACCCCGUCUCCAAGCGACCCUUGGGAUGAGCUAACCGAAAACACUGGACUACACCAAUCUUCCCAUCUUGCCCUAGCCACCCUCGGUGGUUUGGGGAGAGGGUUAGUUGGCGCUGUUGUGAAACCAAUGGCUGGCGUCGCUGAACUGGUGGCACAAGCAGGAACAGGUAUUUUACAGGCCAGUCGGUUGGGAUAUCCCUCCACAGUGACGCGACAAGCUAAUGGCCCCUAUACGACUUCCGCGGUGGAAAGUCUGUCCCAAUGCUUGGCUGCAGACACAUUGCUUUUGCGUUCCUGGGCGCUGGCCGCUUUGAAAGUGAUGUGGCAUGGAGAAUGCUCUCACGGCAUGUCGAAUUUGGAGAAUAGUAAUGACCUUUGGAAACAGCUAAUGUGGGUCGCCCCGGCUCUGAUCAGUCAGUCUUACUCCAAUCGAAAUGGAAGAGAAACGGGUGAAACCGGAGAGUUAAUUUGGGUGUGUGCAGCCCAGGUACCGCUUUUGGUUGGCUCACUUCUUCCUGAUCGCGAGACUGGGUCCUUCCAGUUGUUCACCUUGAUGGCAAAAGACUUUGAACACGCCUCAGAGUCAUCUACUGGUCAUCCACCCCUAUUUGCUGGCUUGUACAGGAAAUCGGAUGGACGUGGAAAAGCUGAUCGCUGGUUAUCGACUGUUCGGGUCACUCCGAAAACUCUCCAGGCCCUCACUAACAUCGCCAAUCUGUUUUGGCCCCCCGUUGAACCGGAUGGUCGGGACGAUAUGGUGACUGCUGAGGGUGGUUCUUGUACUGUACCCGUUCCAUUAACUUCCCCACCGUCUGGUUACCCUGAACCACACAGCAGCCUUACAUGUAUCGGUCCACGCCUACCGCCUUCUCGGUGGCAGAGAGUUAAAGAAUAUAUUUUGUCUACAAACAGUGCAGCGCCAAUCACCAUCUGAUGUUCCAACUUGUCUGUUUUCUGCCAAAUCAUGGUGAUAUUCUCGAAUGAUUCUGUGAUAUUUUCCCUCUUGGUGUACAGCUCUGAAUGUCUUUCCUUGUUGUGUGCAGCCGUGACUGCCAGGCUUUUGCAUCCCAUCUUUUGUUUGUUUUCUUUAUUUUGUACUAUAUUUUGGUGUAAUCAAACGAG